AUGUCAUGGAAAAUCAAAUCAGUUGGUGAGUGUGAACAUGACAAUGAAGCAAUCAUUGGCCACAGAGGUGGUAAUGAGAUGAUAUUGACACUUGCACUUGCACUUCAUGACACUGAACAAGCCAGAGAGAUCUUGAGAUCCUCCCUGACAUUGGCAAAAAAGCUCUACGACAUCCCAACCCAGAUAUGGGUAUUAUCAAAUUUGACAGCAUUGUAUCAGCAAUUAGGUGAGAAAGGCAAUGAAAUGGACAAUUCUGAAUAUCAAAGGAAGAAAGUAGAGGAACUGCAAAAGAAACUUGCUGAUGCACAUUCAUCCAUUCAUCAUAUUGAACUGAUUGACAAAGUAAAACUUGAAGUUCAUCUACUGAACGAACUUGAUGUCAAGCGAGCAAUGGCAGGCCCGUCAAUGAGUGUCAAUCUUGACAUCCCAGAAUCUAUUGGUUUGUCUACACCAUCACCUAUGCCUUCAUCAUCAAGGCUCAUGGAUUUAGAUAUUGGUAGACUUGGGAAGAGAAAGUUGUAG